AUUCACGUACUGUUUCCCGCGAUCGCGACACUCGCCGAGAGGGCGUCGAUUCACGGGCAGUUUCGGGCUAUUCAUAAUGUGAACAUAACCUAAAAUCGUCGCCAAAGUUUAUUAUCGAGAAUAAGGACUUUCGUGCUAUAAUUCAAAGAAGUUUUACAGGGCUAUGUUCAUCUGCUAAGAGUGACCGCGCGAAUUGUGACAGUGUGAGGUGUGAGCUGUCAAAAAAAAAGCGAAAAUGAAGUAUUCCACCUCGCCGCCGACAAGUCGGUGUCAUUCACCUGUUCCGACAGAAUUCUCGUCGUCGUUACCGAUGCCGAUCGUUUACAGACACAACUGCAUGGGUGCGGCAACCAAGUGCUAUAAAUAUUUGAGAAAAUUGUUGAAAUUCGAGCAAAUGGACUUUGAGUUCGCAGUCUGGCAAAUGAUUUUUUUGUUUAUAGCACCACAGAAAGUAUACAGGAACUUCCAAAACAGAAAACAAACAAAAUCGCAAUUUGCAAGAGACGAUCCUGCAUUUUUAGUGUUGGUCACAUGCUGUCUUUGCAUAUCCACUAUUGGUUUCGCUAUAGUACUGAGCUUAGGAUUCUUCCAAUUUGUAAAGUUGUUAUUUUAUAUGGUCUUCAUUGAUUACAUAGCCGCUGGAUUAUUAAUAGCAACAAUAUUCUGGUUUAUGACCAAUCGAUAUCUCAGGAUAGACCGAACACAAGACGUCGAGUGGGGAUACGCAUUCGACAUCCAUUUGAACGCAGUAUUUCCACCAUUAAUCAUACUCCACAUUUUACAACUAUUUUUAUAUAAUGCUUUGAUAAAUAACGAUACGUUUUCGGCGCGAUUUCUUGGGAAUACUUUCUGGUUCAUAGCUAUCAGUUAUUACAUUUACAUUACGUUUCUUGGUUAUGCAAAUAUCGAAAUACUCCAUAAAACGCAUCUGAUAUUGUCUACUCUGCCCAUAUUGCUGUUAACAUACAUCACUACAUUAUGCGCUGGUAUCAACAUUAGUUAUUUAGUUAUGGAAUUCUAUCGCUACCGGGCUUUGUAAAAUAUUUUUAUCAAAUCUAUCGUGUAUGGAGAUUGAAAUAACAUCCUGGCUGUACAGUACAGUAACCUGUUUUGGAAUCGGCGAGAAACAGA